ACGAAUAUUUGUAAAUUGUUUAAUUAUUCGUGAUUGUUUAUUGUUCAAAUAUAUUUUUAAAAUUAUUUUUAAGUGUAAAGUUCCAAAUGUGUUAGUGAUAUUUCUUAUCUUAAAACAUUUAUUGCAAGAAACAAAAAUAAUGGCGCGGUGUCAUCUGUCAGCUUCAUUCAUCCAUUGUAGUUCAGAAAAAAUGUGACUUGUGUGCUUUGUAACUCUGUUUUUAUUUCUCGGGAGCUAGGUGAACAUUUAGUACGACCGUUAUACGAUGGUUGCUCUUAGUUUUGUACGAAAUGUAUGAUAUAACGUUGCAUAAUAAACGGGUACUCGUACAAGAAAGGAUCGUAUAUUGAGGCCUAUGAGAUUCCUCGACAUUCGACAAAGAAGCCGAGCGGCGUCAAAGAGCAACCUUGGUUGUUUAUGUGAAGUGUCAGAGUGCGAUCGUUUGGUGAAAAGAGGGUUAUAAGGGCCGACAACAAUGUCGGGGCGGGUGCGGAACAAAUCGGACUGUCCCGUGGGAAAGCAGGGUCCAAUGCGGGCGACGUUGCCGGUGUCGUCGGUGAUGAAGGGCGGCGGAUUGAAGAAGAGCACCGCCAACAGCCCGACGCUGUCGCCCACCAACGUGUGGCGGCGGAUAUCGCCGGAUCACGCCCUCUCGGGCCAGCGCAGCCCUGGCGCGGUUAACUAUAAAGGUAAAGGGAGGUUUGGCGCGAGUGUUAUCAGACGCACAGCUUCAUUGGACACACUGUACCAUAAAGGCCAGUGGUCGCGGGAUUACUAUCUACAUGCAGGGCAGCUACAAGUUGAUAAAUCUACUCAAACUGACGAAGGCGGCGGAGCGUCAGGGCGGUCCUCGAGAGGGUCCGACGACGACAAACUGGACAGAUUCCUGCGCAGCCGUCUGCAGCGGCCGCACAAACCUGCUACCUCAGACUCGGCGCACUCCAUGAGCCCUGGCUUUUGGUCACGUUUCGGUAGCGGUGGCGUGCCUCUAAGGGCGGCGCGGUCAUCUGUAGAAGGUCUGAAUCAGGAGAUCGAACGACUGGUCCUUCACCCGGCCAGCGGUACCCAGACGCCACAUCUCGACCGGCUAAAAGACAAGGUGACGCCCGAGGGCCACCGCGCUCCGCUAGCCGAGCUUCUCAGACGCUCCGUCAACACCCAAACACCGCACGACCUAUGCCAUACUGCUCACUCAUCAGAUCCACCGUCCCGAGGGUCUCUCAGAUCGCUCUCCAGCAGUGGCUCCGCAGAGCUACUAGCCGCAGGUCAACACACGAUUCUCAGCUUAUAGUGACCCUGGCAAUGA